AUCCAUACAUCUUAUUGAAGCUAACAAUAGAUUACCACAGAUACUAUGACAUUUGGAAAGUUUUUUAAGUCUGCAUUACUUACAUUACUAAUAUAGAUAAAAUUUAUCACAGUUAACAAAAGGCUACCUUGAAAUAGUUGUCAAAUAUGACAAUAAUAUUGGAACGUUAUCCUUUUCCUUACCUUGACUGUUGUCGACUGUAACUACACCUUUUGAAUACACAGUGAUAGGGAUUCAAGUAUUUCAUCAAGUUCAUUAGUCGCCAUGAAAUUUGUUCGGUAAUCCUUUUUUGAGGAAUCAUCUACCUCAUUGUUCAAAUAUGCCAGGCAACAUACUACAUCCACUUGAUUUAAAAAAAAAAAAAAAAAAAACCUCAUGAGAGAAUACUGGGGUUAUAUUGUCUGCCAGAUAAGGUCAUUGUAGAAGGUUUUCAUGUUCUUCGCAGAUCCAUAUUUAUCAAAGAAUAUGUGGCUGUGGUCCGUGGCCUGGUCGGUAGUAUGGUUGGACCAAACGAUAUGGGCUCUUCCUUCAAACCCGAGAUCCUCUGACCCACACAUACAAGGUGAAGGUAUCUACCCUGAGUCCUUCCAUCCUUCGCAUUUCGACUUGCCCUUGGGGAAUCCUGACACGAUGGAGACUGACAUCCCGGGAGCUCCAUUAAGUCCGAAUGAUUUCGAAAAUAGUGAGGUGAUGAUUCACGAAUCGAUCGACAUCAGCCACCAGGCGGACCCGAUCGAGCUGGCUGGGCUCUUCCAGGGCGACAUCAUACUUGACCCGGAGGAUCAGUUAGAGAAACUGGCCAAGCUGAACACGACGAGAAGAGGACGCAGCGCCAUGAUCGACAUCCAUCGUCGGUGGCCCAAUGGCGUCAUUCCAUACGUGAUCUCACAGACCUACGAUGAGAACGAGAGAGCGACGAUCGCCAAGGCCAUGAGCGAAUACCACAACAAGACCUGCAUCCGCUUCGUCCCUCGAACUGUUGAGAAGGAUUACAUCCACAUCCUGAAAGGAGACGGUAAUCUUUCCAGGUGCUCAAGCUCCGUCGGCAGGGUAUCAGGUGCCCAGCCCGUCUCCUUGGGUCCCGGGUGCUUGUACGCGGGCAUCGUCAUGCACGAAUUCAUGCACGCCGCUGGAUUCUGGCACGAGCAGUCCAGGUACGACCGCGACAAUUACAUCACCAUCAACAAGCUCAACGUGAAGGACGGAAUGUGGUUCAACUUCGAGAAGUACAACUGGGACAAAAUUCAGAGUCUCGGUGUCCCCUACGAUCUCGAGUCGGUUAUGCACUACGGUCCCUACGCCUUCGCCGCCAAAGAGGGUCAGCCGACGAUAAUCCCGAGGGACACUGGUGUCGAAAUCGGUCAGAGAAGAGGAUUUUCAAAAAGUGACAUCGAGAAACUGCAGAAGCUGUAUAACUGCGCCGACACGUCAGUGGAAUUCGCGUCCACAAGCACCUCAAUGCCUCUUCUGGAACCAUCCACAGAGGAAUGCAUCGACAACAACGAGAAGUAUUGCCAGCCGUGGGCCGAUCGAGGGGAGUGCGAGAACAACCCAACUUGGAUGAGCGUCAACUGCCGGAAGGCCUGCAGACAAUGCGUAAUACCAGGUGGUGCUGCAGGUAAGGAGUGCCAGGAUCAUGACAUCCACUGCGGCACUUGGAUGGAGGCCGGCGAGUGCACUCGAAAUCCCGACUACAUGUCCCUCUUCUGUAAAAAGUCCUGCGAGAUUUGUCGGGAUCACGAACAGGGUAAGGAGUGCCAGGAUCAUAACAUCCACUGCGGCACUUGGAUGGAGGCCGAAGAGUGCACUCGAAACCCGGCCUACAUGUCCCUCUUCUGUAAAAAGUCCUGCGGGAUCUGUCACGAUCACGAGAUGGACUUGCCGAUCCAGAGGAAAUGCGAAGACAAGAACAAGUUCUGCGAAGCCUGGUCCACGAUGGGACAGUGCCGUACCAAUCCGAAAUACAUGAUCGUCUAUUGCCGGAAGUCUUGUAAUGCCUGUUGAACUGAAUUGAUUUUCUUUCCAAGCAGUUGAACGCUUCGGCGUGACAAAAGUGCUAUCAGCUGUGCAACAUGUAAUCUUCGUUCAGGGAUGAUCAAAUUACCUACAUAAACUUAAAAAACCUUUGGAA